UACCUAAUCCUGGAUACCUGUCUCGCGAGACUCCGCGAGGUGUUAAGUUGAAGAAACAUGGCGACGUCUAAUUUGUUAAAGAACAAGGGGUCCUUGCAGUUUGAGGACAAGUGGGACCUGAUGCGACCCAUUGUCCUCAAGCUGCUCAGACAGGAGGCCGUCACCAAGCAACAGUGGUUCGACUUGUUCUCAGACGUCCAUGCCGUCUGUCUUUGGGACGAUAAAGGUCCAGCCAAAAUUCACCAAGCCCUGAAAGAAGACAUCCUUGACUUUAUCAAACAAGCACAAGCUCGUGUGCUGAGCCAUCAGGAUGACACCGCUCUGCUGAAAGCUUACAUUGUGGAGUGGAGGAAGUUCUUCACUCAGUGCGACAUCCUGCCUAAACCCUUCUGCCAGCUGGAAAUCACGCUGAUGGGGAAGCAAGGCAGCAACAAGAAAACAAACAUGGAGGACAGCAUCGUUCGGAAGCUGAUGCUGGACACGUGGAACGAAUCGAUCUUCUCCAACAUCAAGAGUCGCCUGCAAGACAGCGCCAUGAAGCUUGUGCACGCCGAGAGGCUGGGCGAGGCCUUCGACUCGCAGCUCGUCAUAGGCGUCAGAGAGUCGUACGUUAACCUUUGUUCGAAUCCAGAGGACAAGCUGCAGAUCUACAGGGAUAACUUCGAAAAGGCUUAUCUGGACUCCACAGAGAGGUUUUACAGAACCCAGGCUCCAUCCUACCUGCAACAGAACGGCGUCCAGAACUACAUGAAAUAUGCAGAUGCAAAGCUGAGAGAAGAGGAGAAGCGAGCCCUUCGGUAUCUGGAGACGCGGCGUGAAUGUAACUCUGUUCAAGCACUGAUGGAAUGUUGUGUCAACGCUCUGGUGACGUCCUUCAAAGAAACCAUCCUUGCUGAAUGUCCAGGAAUGAUCAAACGCAACGAAACCGACAGGCUGCACUUGAUGUUUUCACUCAUGGACAAAGUUCCCAACGGCACUGAACCCAUGCUGAAAGACCUGGAGGAGCACAUCGUCAACGCUGGACUGGCAGACAUGGUGGCAGCUGCUGAGACCAUCACUACAGACUCUGAGAAGUAUGUGGAGCAGCUGCUGACUUUGUUCAACCGCUUCAGUAAGCUGGUCAAAGAAGCUUUCCAGGACGAUCCUCGCUUCCUCACAGCAAGAGAUAAGGCUUACAAAGCCGUCGUCAACGACGCCACGAUCUUUAAACUGGAGUUACCCAUGAAACAGAAAGGUGUUGGUAUGAAGACUCAACCGGAGUCGAAGUGUCCUGAGCUGCUGGCUAACUACUGUGACAUGCUCCUGAGGAAAACUCCCCUCAGCAAGAAACUUACCUCAGAGGAAAUCGAGCUCAAACUCAAGGAAGUGUUGUUGGUUUUAAAGUACGUCCAGAACAAAGAUGUGUUCAUGCGUUAUCACAAAGCUCACCUGACCCGGCGGCUGAUCCUGGACAUCUCUGCAGACAGUGAGAUUGAAGAGAACAUGGUGGAAUGGCUCAGAGAAGUGGGAAUGCCUGCUGAUUACGUAAACAAGCUGGCCCGGAUGUUCCAGGACAUCAAGGUUUCAGAAGACCUCAAUCAGGUCUUCAAAGAGAUGCACAAACACAACAAGCUGGCACUGCCAGCGGACAGUGUAAAUAUUAAAAUCCUGAAUGCUGGUGCCUGGUCUCGCAGCAGCGAGAAGGUUUUUGUUUCCCUUCCAACGGAACUAGAAGACCUCAUCCCAGAGGUGGAGGACUUCUAUAAGAGGAAUCACAGCGGUCGCAAACUCCACUGGCAUCACCUCAUGUCCAACGGCAUUAUCACGUUUAAGAACGAGGUGGGACAGUAUGACCUGGAGGUCACCACGUUCCAGCUGGCAGUGCUGUUUGCAUGGAACCAGAGGCCGAGGGAGAAGAUCAGCUUUGAAAACCUCAAACUAGCAACCGAGCUGCCUGACGCAGAGCUGCGACGAACGCUCUGGUCUCUAGUUGCUUUUCCCAAACUGAAGAGGCAAGUUUUGUCUUAUGACCCCCCGGUUAGCUCACCCAAAGAUUUUACGGACGGCACGCUCUUCUACGUCAACCAGGAGUUUUCACUCAUCAAAAACUCCAAAGUCCAGAAGCGUGGGAAGAUCAAUCUGAUUGGACGGCUGCAGCUAACCACAGAGCGGAUGAGAGAAGAAGAAAAUGAAGGCAUCGUUCAGCUCAGAAUACUCAGAACUCAGGAGGCCAUUAUCCAAAUCAUGAAGAUGAGGAAGCGCAUCAGCAAUGCCCAGCUGCAGACAGAGCUGGUAGAGAUCCUGAAAAACAUGUUUCUCCCUCAGAAGAAGAUGAUAAAGGAGCAGAUCGAGUGGCUCAUCGAACACAAAUAUAUAAAAAGGGAUGAGGCAGACAUUAACACUUUCAUCUACAUGGCCUAGGCAGCGAAGAAAAAGCACAUUCUUGCUGUUUUUUUUAACCGCUGGCCUGCACGUGGCGCUUUAAAAUCCUACAAAAGGAUCUGGAUGAGUCUGACGAACAGAUAGAGGGCUAAUAAUAUAAUGGGAGGUUGCUGAAGGACAAGGUUUAGCCUUUUCAACAAACGUCUGGGUAUUAUUUCUGUUUGUAAGGCUCCAGUGUGUCAUUUUAAGAUGUAGCGUUGAGUCACCGGGCUGUGUUUUUGUCUUUGCUGCCCUCUAGUGUCCAAUCAGAGGACAGGCAUGACAAUGUGUGCUGUCGGCCAGCAGCUUACAAGAAAUACUAAAUAGCAAAGUGGUUAAAUACUUCCUGCCUUACUUUCAUCAACAACGACUUGCAGAUUAGAGGGAGGUGAAGUAUGGAGCGAAUUUGGACGAAUGUCACCCGCUGAUGUGAUUCCUCUGUGGUCACAUGACAGCGUGGCUGCGUUUCGCUUCCCUCCUCCUCCUCAUCCAGUGGGUUUCUUUUGGACGGGGAACGCAAAAAGGCGGGAAGUGAAAAAGGGCGGCGAGGCGGAGCGGACACGAAGAGACUAGUUUAAACUACCGAGGAGUAUUUUGCCAAAUUGUGUGCGAGUGUGUUGAGCGCAUGGUGUGUAUCUGGUCUUUUAUAUGCGUGUAUGUGUGUGCACUUCCAAAAAGCAUGCUGCUCUAUGAUUUUUUUGGUGUGAAUCUAUACACUUUGUGUCUGAAAAGGUUGAGAAAUAAUUCAGUCACCAAUGAAACGCCGUUGUUUUUGUUUUCCUUCGAUCACCUGCGUCUGCAGGUGCAGAUUAUCAGGAGGUGAACGUGUAUCUGUCUGUGGUCUGUGUUGGACAAUUGUCAUUCUACAAACUAUUUAUUUGUGACAAUCCAUGCCACAAACAUUCUGAUAAUUAAAAAAAAACAUGCCUUCUUAAGUCAUUGAAAGAGGAAACGGUGAAACUUGUGUUUAGAAAACCUUUUUGUGUGUCUGUAAAUAGAAUCCCUGCAGUCCCGACUGCAAGUGCUUCGACGGUAACAGCACUUUUGUUUGUGCCACGGAUUUGUAGAAUCAGUUUAAAUCUUUCCAGAUAUCAUUUUGCACCAAAAUAGAAAUCUUCAAAUGGCUUCAGUGCUCCAAAGGGCUUUGAGUUCCCCGGGCUCACUUUGAGCUCGUUUUUCUGCAGAUGAGCUGCAUCUCAGCUGAGCUGAGAUUAAUUUUAAAUAGCUUAUCUGACUUUAGCUGUGGAGGUAAAUAAGGCAACACUUAAAAAAAUGAAUGCAAGCACUCCUGCAUCGACAUUUCCACAAGUCAAAAAUGUUCUAGAACUGUCCAAAGGCUUGUGGUCUGGACUGCACAGACACUAAAUGCUGCUUAUUGUUGUUUUUUUUCUCCCUCAUUUUGGAAAACUCAAAGGCUGUCUUCACACAGUUUGAGCUAUUUUGAUGUUCAUAUAGCCCUAAUACUGUGUGUCAGUUACCCUCUUUUUGUCUGCAUAAAUUCGCAGAUCCAACACAUAAAGGUCACUUUUGGAAUGUG